AUGCGAAGGUUUCUAUCUCUCUCUGAGCCAUGGGUUUUGCCCUUUGGUCGUAAUAGCAGAGAAGUCAGGAUUAUUCACUCUGGACAAUGUGCCGGGUCUCCACAUUACCACCAGAUCGUUCGAGCAGCACCUCAACGGCCGUUUCAAAGACGUCGAUUUUCGUGUCAAGGGAAAAAUCUCAAAUCUUCUCCUAUUAUCGAUGAAUUGUCACUGUCGUCGCCGUCAAUUGCUUUGGGCGCGGAUUCUACGAUAUAUGCGCUCUCUACCGCUCCCGGCAGAGCUGCGAUAGCUAUUAUCAGGAUUUCCGGUCCCGCAUGUCUACAGGUAUAUCGAGCACUAUGUCCUCGAGCACGAGACCCCAAACAGCGCAUGGCGACGCUAAGAGCAAUAUACGACCCGACGCAAGCUCCAUCGCCGAAUACACUCCUCGACCCUGGAGCAUUGGUUCUAUACUUUCCCAGCCCUCGAACAGUUACCGGUGAAGACGUCCUCGAACUGCAUGUGCACGGUGGGCCCGCAACCGUCAAAGCGGUACUUGCUGCGAUUGAGAAGUGUAACGAUGUUAUCAAAUCCGACGAAGAUAAUGUUUCAUCAUCUUUAAUACGAUAUGCCGAACCCGGAGAAUUCACGCGACGGGCUUUCAUGAAUGAUGUGUUGGAUCUACCACAAAUCGAGGCACUUGGUGAAACCCUCAACGCGGAAACCGAGCAGCAGAGACGUCUGGCUGUGCGUGGCGCGAAUAACACUCUUUCUGCGCGCUAUGAAGAUUGGCGCCAACAAUUAUUGUAUGCCAGAGGGGAGUUAGAAGCCUUGAUUGACUUUUCAGAGGAUCAGCAUUUUGAUGAGUCACCUCAAGAACUUAUAAGCUCAGUCUCCACGCAGGUGGAUGUGCUUCGACAACAGAUUAGGUUUCAUAUUCAGAAUGCAUCAAAGGGCGAGUUGCUCCGAAACGGAAUUAAGAUUGCUUUGCUGGGUGCGCCGAAUGCCGGGAAGAGUUCUUUAUUGAAUCGUGUCGUUGGUAAAGAGGCGGCUAUUGUCAGCACAGAGGAAGGGACGACACGAGACAUUGUGGAUGUUGGUAUUGACCUUGGCGGAUGGUACUGCAAGAUUGGGGAUAUGGCCGGACUGCGGUCUUCGAAGAAUAAUGCAGAGAGAAUUGGAGCCGUUGAACUGGAAGGCAUCCGCCGUGCAAAACAGCGUGCGCUGGAAUCUGACGUCGUUGUGGUAGUAUUGAGCGUCCAGGAGGGCGAAGGCGCGGCGCCUGCACAGCUUGCAGUUGACCCCGAGGUCCUUGAGGCUGUGCAUGCUUGUCAAGAAUAUGGGAAGAAUAUAGUGGUUGCCAUCAAUAAGUCUGAUAGGUUGCCAGGCUCCGCCAAUGCUAGGGACGAAGCGACGGGCAGUUUGGUCCAACAGGUCCAAGCUCUCUUCAAAGACGUUCCGAAUAGCCGGAUCUUCUCCAUCUCGUGCCGGGAAGCUGAACAAAGCUCCGGUCUAGGAUCAAUUACAGCAGACCCUGGUAAUAUACAGACAUUCUUACGCGGUCUGAUAUCAGUUUUUGAAGAGAUCGCGAGACCAGAAGGUAUGCAAGGAGAAAACGAUAUGCAUGAUAUUUCAUACUGGGAAGACUCGCUUGGAGUCACACAUCGACAACAAUCCAAUCUAAAACAAUGUCUGGAACAUUUGGAGAGAUUUCUCUAUGAAACAAAAACGAGCGACCUGAGACAGCAACAAGAACAACCCAUCAAUAAUGAUACAACCCAAUCCGUCUAUAAUAACCCCAGCGCCGAUGCCAAUCCCCAAGUUUAUACCGAUACCCAAUUCCACGCUCAUGCUGACGCUGGCACUUAUGCUCAUGAUAUUCAAACCCAAGCACAAACGCCGUCUGAUGCCAUCUAUAAUCCAGAAAAAUACAGUGAUAAUGGAAACAAAAAAGCCGAUAAUAGUAAUAAUACAGUCAUGUUCAACGCAGAACCUGAGGUGGACAUCGUCACAGCCGCGGAGAAUUUGCGAUUUGCAGCCGAAAGUCUAGCCCAGAUUACUGGGAGAGGCGGGGCAGAUGUUGAGGAUGUUUUGGGUGUGGUUUUUGAGAAAUUCUGCGUCGGAAAGUGA